AUGACGCUAAAAAACGACCCUCUGGAACUCGCCAUCGCGAAAUCUCUCGCCGAAAUUUUCUCCAAGAAAGAUUUAAACUUAGAUUUACUCACCAUCGCAUCCAUCGUCGAGGAAUUGGAAUCGAAACUGUCCAACGGGGAAGGACGGGAUGGAUUGAUUAAACAAACGAAGAAAAAAUUCAUCAGGGCGAUGGUGCAAGCGCACUUGGACGAGAGCCACUUCGGACACGCGAAAGCGAAACGUGGAGAACCGUGGACGAGCACGGAAAUGAUCCUCAAGAGGGAGGAGGAAGAGAAAGAGAAAGAAUUAAAAGAAGCAGAUUCGGAGGAGGAAGAGGAAGAGUCCGAAGAGGAUGAAGAAGACGUUUCGGACGCGGAGAGAGGUACGCAUUACCACAGCGCGAAACGAACGACGAGGGGCGAUACGAACCCUUCGAAGAAGAAACAACAAAAGAGGACGGGAUCGGGUGGUAAAUCUACGACGUCUUCGACAAAGGAAAUGAAAGAUCCGAACAAACCGAAAGGUCCGCAAGGCCCGUACAUGUGCUUCGUGUCGCACAACCGCGAGAAAAUCGUGAAAGAGUUUCCGGGGAUUUCGUUCGGCGAAUGCGGGAAGAAGUUGGGGCAAAGGUGGCAAAAUUUAAGCGAGAAAGGGAAGGAGAUGUACAACGAAAUGGCGGAGAAAGAUAAGAAGCGAUACGAAAAGGAGAUGGAGAAGUACGUGCCGAUGAGCGAUACGGAAUUGAACAAGUUGAAGGCGAAAGCCGAGAAGGAGAAAAAAGAGAGGAGCGAAAACAGCGGGUUUAAGAAACCGUACAAGUGUUCGGAAAAGUUGAAAACUUUUUUAAACGGGCAAGAGACCAUAACUCGCGCGCAGUUGACGAGCCAGAUGUGGGCAUACUUUAAGGAGAAGAAUUUGAAGGAUCCAGAGAAGAAACAGUUCGUGAUUAGCGACGACAAGUUGUUCAAACUCAUCGGCGAGCGGCGGUUCAAAGCGUUCGGGUUCAUGAAGUAUUUGUCCAAAGAUUUGAUUCCGAUGUAG